CCACCAUCUUCCUUUCUGGUGGUACCAUAGUUGCGACGCUGUCCGGCCAACUGAGAUGUCUGUUCAGCAUCUGUGAACUGUGGACCACUACCCAAAGCAGUCCUGAGUGCUCCAGCUACAGCCAUGGAGUCAGUGACCUUUGAGGAUGUGGCUGUGAACUUCACCCUAGAGGAAUGGACUUUGCUGAAUCCUUCACAGGAGAAUCUCUACAGAACUGUGAUGAGGGAGACCAUCAGGAACCUGCAUGCUACAGGACAGAAGUGGCGAGACCAGCACACUGAAGAUGAGUACCAAGAUCUUGGGAAAAAUCUAAGACAUCAAGUGGUAGAGAGACUCUGUAAAUGUGAAGAAGAUAGUCAAUGGAAAGAAAUCUUCAGUGAGAUUCCAGAUCCUAUUGUGAACCAGAAAACUCCUGGAGUAAAGCCGUGUGAAAGCCAUGUGUGUGGAGAAGACAUCUUUGGCCAUUCAUCCCUAAAUAUGUCCCUCAGAAGUCAGACUGGUCGCAAGACAUCUGAGUACCAGGAAUGUGGAAAGAAGCCAUAUAAAUGUAAAGAAUGUGAGGAGACUUUCUGUUCUCCCCAAAGCUUUCAGAAGCAUGAACGACCUCAUGCUGGAGAGAAACCCUAUGAAUGUAAACAGUGUGAAAAAGCCUUUAAGUAUCUCAGUUCUCUUCAAAAUCACAGAAAGAUUCACACUAGGGAGAGAAACCAUGAAUGUAAGCAAUGUGGGAAAUCUUUCAAGAGACACAGUAAUGUUCAAGUACAUGAAAGAAGUCACACGGGUGAGAAACCCUAUGUAUGUAAGCAAUGUGGAAAAGCUUAUACUUCUUACAGUGCCCUUCGAGCACAUGAAAGAAGUCACACAGGAGAGAAACCCUAUGUAUGUAAGCAAUGUGGGAAAGCCUUCACUCAAUCCAGUUACCUUCAAAUACAUAAAAGAAGUCACACAGGAGAGAAACCCUAUGUAUGUAAGCAAUGUGGGAAAGCCUUUCCAGAUUCCAGUCACCUGAAAAUACAUAAAAGAAGUCACACAGGAGAGAAACCCUAUGUAUGUAAGCAAUGUGGGAAAGCCUUCACUCAAUCCAGUUACCUCCACAUACAUCAAAGAACUCAUACUGGAGAGAAACCUUAUUUAUGUAAGCAAUGUGGGAAAGCCUUCACUCGUUCCAGUCACCUGCAAAUACACAAAAGAACUCAUACUGGAGAGAAACCCUACUUAUGUAAGCAAUGUGGGAAAGCCUUCACUCACUCCAGUUACCUUCAGAUACAUCAAAGAAUUCACACAGGAGAGAGACCUUACAUAUGUGAGGGGUGUGGGAAAGCCUUUGCUCGUUCCAGUUGCCUUCACAUACAUGAAAGAACUCACAAUGGAGAGAAACCUUAUGAGUGUAAGAAAUGUGGUAAAGCCUUCACUCUGUCCAGUUCCCUCCGAAGGCAUGAUGUAGUUCACACAGGAGAAAAACCAUAUGUUUGUAAGCACUGUGGGAAAGCCUUUGGUCGUUACAGUAGCAUUCACAAACAUGAAAAGACUCAUAAUGAAAAGAAACCCUGUUAGAAUAAUUUGGAAAACCCUAACGUGCUCCAAUUACUUUCAAAUAUAUGAAAUAAUUGACAAUGAAGAGAAACGCUAGGUUUAUAUGCAAUAUGAGAUGCCUUCAGUAAUCCCAGUUCCCUUUGAUACCGUGAAAGGACUCACACUGGAGAAAACCAUGUGGACGUAAUACAGGGAAGCUUUCAAUCAUUCUAGUUCCUUUCACAAACAUGGGAAAAUUCACACUAGAGAGAAAGCAUAAAUGUAGAAUGUGGGAAGACUUCAUUAUCACAGGACCUUUCUAGUCUUCAUGAAUAUGUGCAAUCUAUAGCAUAAGAGAAUGCUUUGUAUCAAUUUGCAAACGGAAAACAAAAACACUGUGGAGGAACGCUCCAUAAAUAGAAGAGAUGAAAAAAAUCUUCAGAUGGCCCACAAGUAAAGAAAUGAGUGUGAACGACACAGCAGUUUUCAGUUUUGCUGGGUAGAAUGGUGGAUGCUAUCGUUCCUGCAUUUGGGAAGCUCAAUCCAGAGGAUCAAGAUUUUGAGUCCUGGGCUACAUUGCCUGUCUGGGAAAAUAGGAAAUCCGCUUAUUUGUUUUUCUCUAUACUUCAGAAUUUUAUACAAAUAGAAAAAUGAAAUAUGGGGCUGGAGAUGUGUCUCAGCAGUUGAGAGCACCAUCUGCUCUUGCAGAGGACCAAGGUUCAAUUCCCA